AUGGAGACUACAAAUCAUCAUCUUGAAAUGAUAUCUAAAUUGCGGCAACGUCUUUUACGUCUUAUUAAAUUAGGUGAACCAAUAAAUCAAUUACGUUCAACAACACAAACAAAUAAUGAUAAUAAUAACAAUAAUACUAGACCAUCGAUUGAUCUAACAGCAAAUGUUGAAGAAUGUGUUCGAUGUCUUUUCAAUAGUUUAUGUUCAGUUGAAAUAUUUAUUCAAGAUGUACAACAAAUAUUAAAUGUUACUAUUAAAAGUAGUUUAAGUCUCUUUCUUGCCGAGACAAUUCCACUUGCACAUCAAUAUUUACAACAACAUCAAUAUGAUCCACUUUCAUGGGAUACAUUUAAAACGAUUGCAUUACCAACAACACUAUCUAAUAUAAAUUCUAAUACAUCUAAUCAAACGACAAAUAUAACUCGUCUUCCAUCAUUACAACAAGCUUGUUUUCGUCUUCCACCAUCAUGUCCACAACUAAUUGAUCUUACUUCGUCCUUAUCAACUCGUUCAAUACAAGAACAAACAUUUAUAACACCUAGCAUACGAGCAGAUGCUAAUCCAUAUGAACACAAAUUAAUUAAUCGUUUUGCUCGAUAUAAUUUUUAUUUAAAUGAAUAUGGUGAACAAUUAUUUCUACAAACAUUAUACACAUUUCUUAAAUAUAUUAUUCGACGUCUUCUUUUUUUUACUCAACAUCGAAUUGAUACACGAUUAUUAGAUUCAAAUAGAUAUGAAAUGACAAGUAACGUACGUGAACAAAUGCGUUUUCUAUUUGAAUUAAAUAAAGUACAAAAUGGCGAAUCAAAUAAUAAUCUUAAUAGUGGUAUAUUUCAACGGAAAUCCGAAUCGAUUAAUAUAGUUGAUGAAGAGCAAAAGCGAACACGAAUACGUGAUUAUCGAUUAUCAAUUAUUGAACAAUUACGACAAAAAGAAGCCGACGAAACAGCAUGUCUUGUCUUACGUGAAAGUCGUUUAAAACGACAAAAAAUAUCAGAUAAUAAUCGAAACAUAAUGCCAACAAGAAUUCUUCGAGCUAGUUUACAAGAACUUAUUGCUGUCAUGGAAAGUGAACCGAUAUUAAAACGAUCAAAAACAUUACUAUAUGCUUAUGCAAAUAGAUAA